AUGCGGAGAAAAGUCCCCAUAGGCACAGCGUCCCCUCGCCCUCACGUGCAGGUGAACAACUACGGGCGAAUCAACUCGCCAAGUGAUGACAUCCAUGUAGCUAUGGCGAAGGAUACGCGCAAGGCGAGCGCGUCGGGGGAUGAAAUAGAUGCUACCGACAUCGAUGACAACGAAUGGUCGAAUCGGCCGGUUGGCUCCGACGACGAAGUGGAAGAGUGGCGGGCUGGUGACUCGGACAACGACGGAGAUGCGGAUGCGGAUGCGGUUACAUGCGACGAUGCGGAAGCGGAAGCAAGCACGGAAGCGGAGGCAGAAGCGGGAGCGACGGUGGAUGCGGAUGCGGAUGCGGUUACAUGCGACGAUGCGGAAGCGGAAGCAAGCACGGAAGCGGAGGCAGAAGCGGAUGCGGUGGCAGUUGCGGCCGCGGAUGCUGUCGCAAAUGCCGAUGCGGAUGCGGAUGCGGAGGCGGAGGCGGAUACGGAUGCUGCGAAGGGAGGUGCUGAUGCGGUCUUCUUUGACGGUGAAGAUUCCGAAGACGACCCACGGCGCAUCAAGGCUUACGAUGAUGUUCCUCUGCUGAAGAGGAGGUUCCAUCAUCGCCUACAAACCAAGCAGAAGCGUGCCCGUGUGGUGCUCUCCGAUGACGACAGUUCGGGGGAGGAUCGUCAACCGCGCCUCACUGCUGCAGACAAGGGGAAAACCAAGGUCGCGGAGGUCACUGCUAAGGCCAACGUUCGUCGCCGAAGAAGCAACAAGAAGCGGAAGAACGACGGCAACCGGGGUUCCAGCACGGGUGUUGCUAAGAAGAAGAAGAAGACAAACAAGGACAACAUCGUGGUCAACGAGGCGCUCGGCAGCGACGAUGACUACGCGACAGGUGCAGGCCCGAUUCCUACGUUCCCUGAGAAGGCGAAGCCGAAAGACCCCACCCUCCGUAAUCCCAACUCCCGUCCCCAUUCCCCUCGUCCCAAGCCGUGCUAUAAAGAAGACAAGGCGUGGAUGGACCGGAACCUGCGGAGGCCUCCGCACCCUGUGGUGCUGCAGUGGAUCGCGGAGGCGUGGGAUCAAGUCCCCAAGCAGAUCAUCAUUGACGCGUUCCGCCACUGUGGGUUUUCAAGCAAGCUGGACGGGACGGAGAACCAUCUGGUGAUGUCUCACCUGCGCGCCAGGAGCACCACCGAUGUUCCAGCAGUGGAGGAGGAGGAGGAGGAGGAGGAGGAGGAGGAGGAGGAGGAGGAGGAGGAGGAGGAGGAGGAGGAGGAGGAGGAGGAGGAGGAGGAGGAGGAGGAGGAGGAGAUUCAGGCGAAGGGCGUUAGGGAGGUCGCCGUGGCAACCAGCCUGGAGGUGCUGUACGAGGAGACCCCCAACUACCGCGGAGCGGCGGCCGAGGCUGACCGCAUGAUCGAGCCUAGGGAGACGGCUAGGCAUGCCUGGCGAGUGCCAGACCUGGGUGUUAGGGAACAUGUUGUUAGUGCAGGAGAGGAGGCCGUGACGGAGGGGGGCUAG